AUGGUGGCUUUGAGAACUUUUCAGGUUCUCUUCUUACUUCUUGUGUUGACAAUGGUUGGCCAUAGUGGUGAAGAGGUGAAAAAUGGAACUUCUCAUCAAACUCAAGGCAAUGCCACUAUGGCAACUCUCUCACAUCAUCAAGAUGAAAACCAUGAACCAAAAGGAAAACACAAUGCUUCCUUGAAUGAAGUUUUGUUCAACACAAGCAAAGAUAGUUGGUAUUAUAGAGGAGGUGGAGGUGGAGGUGGAGGUGGAGGUGGUGGAGGGUUUAGAUGGGGAUGGGGUGGUGGGGGAGGUGGUGGUGGUGGUGGUGGUGGUGGUGGUGGCGGUGGAGGAGGGAGUGGAUGGGGGUGGGGUGGUGGAGGAGGUGGAUGGUGGAAAUGGGGGUGUGGAAGGGAAGCAAGACAUAGACAUGGAAAAGGGCAGCAUCAGAGAUCGAACAAGGAAGAGUAUAGAAUGGGAGAGUUUGCAGAAUGCAUGGGAAGAACAAGGUGCCGAGGUAUGAGGUUGGAUUGUCCUCUUCACUGUGGUGGACCUUGUUUCUAUGAUUGUUUACAUAUGUGCAAGGCUCAUUGUCGUCGACCUUGA